UUUCGCGGUAACGCACGGUGUCAAGGUGGUCAAGGUAGUGGAAGUCGUACGCCGAGUAAUGGGAAAAACGCCGAAGGAAAAACAUGGGAAUGAGAGGCGCAGGCCUUAUAACUAUCCAAGAAAUGCCCAAGCUCAGACUCAGAAGUCUGGUACUGAAAGUCGGAACUACAGUUAUCCGUCCGGGAAUGUACAAAGGAGGCUCCCUGGGUACAAUUUGCAGUAUCAAGGAAUACCUGUGCCAAGCCAUCCGUAUCGUUUUGGGGCUGGACAGGGGUACCGGGGAAGACUUCCUGGAAUCAAUACAUCUUUGAAGCCUAUCUUUGGUAGGCAGAGGAGACUAGAUCAGCACAGCAAACAAGCUCUUUCUUUGCAGUGCCCGUCUUCUCAGAAAAUAAUGCAAUCACACGUAGAGGUACAUGAAUCUGUUCAAGAGACAGCUGAGGGUGCAGCAUCCCAGAAAGAGGGAUCUGCCGAGCCUCUUAUAAAGAAGGGCCCAGAAAAUUGCAGUUCCCAUGAAGAAGAUCCAAAAGACGAGAUAUUGGUGAAGAUUGAGAAUGGAAAUCUGGAUGCGGGUGAUACAAAUUCAGACUGCAAUGAUACUGAUUGUAUGAGUGGUGAUAAAGCUGUUAUUGCUGAAGAAGAUGCCGAGAAGACACUGCCCAAGUCAAAAUCUGUUGCCAUUAAGGAGAAGAAACUGAAGAAGAGUGCAUCACCUAAAAUAUCGCCCAAAGGAAAACAGAGCCCCAAGUCAAAGAAAGAGGCAAAACCAGACAUAAAAGAAGAAGAUGAGGCUGCAAACAAAGAGAAGGAAAAGUUGCAGAAUAAGAAACUUGAAUCAGAAUUAAGGAGUCAUGAAUCUGCACCAAUACCUGAUCUGCAGCCAAGUGUUCAGAUUACCCAAUUGAUAUCUCCACUUACAGAAGCACCUGAGAUGAAUGACAGUGUGGUGGAGGUUCCGCAUCAGGAUCAGAACAAAUCUCAUGUUAGUUCACCUUCAGCAAGUGUAGAGGAGAGCUCUUUGAAACCACUAGAUACUCACAGCACAAAAGGUUCACCACGAAGGAGCUCACGGCUUGCCACACACCUAUCUUUACCAAAGCAGAGAAGUCCAGCUAAACCUGAUUCAAGCAGUAUCAUCGUGUUGGAAAGUGAUGAUAACAUUUCUGUUCUGGAAAUAAGCCAGAAGUUCCAGGAGAAAUCAUUUGCUCAAACCCUCCGAAGUUUGUCAGGGCGCCCAUCACUGAGACCACUACCUGCUUACAAUAGGUCAUUCAGUAGACCAUCUACUGUUGGCUCUGCGUCUAUUCGCAGCAACUUCUCCAGUAGAUCAUGGACCACAACAGGUAAUGAUUCUGAGAGCGAAAUUCAAGACACCAAGCUUCUACAGCCAAGAGCAGGUUUGUGGGGUUUAUUCCGCACAUCUAGCCAAAAUACUUCUUCUCAAGAUUGUACAACUGAUAAUGAAGAAUCGACAAACCGUUCACUUGCAGAUGAUAGUGGAAAUGAUUCAGAGGCCACAAACGAUCCUCUUGAGGUCCCAUCAAGCCUCAGCUUUGGUAAGCGGAAGUGUCAAGAUGCAGGCUUCUUAGAGGAGGCAGAACAAGAACAUAAAAGGAUCAAAGGUGAUGGAAGGAAGAACAGUGCCAAUAUAUCUGCCGGAUUAUUAUCCAUCGUGUCUUCACCGAUGAAUUUGUUUGCAAGCAAAAUAAAGGGGGAGAAGGGUAAGAGCAGUACUCCAGUUCAGAUGCUUAAAGCUUUUGAUCUGGAUGAAGGAACAAGAGAUGAUACAGCUAUUCAUCAAGAUGAUGUCAGCGAGAUCCAAUAUGAAGAUGAAAAUCCAAAUUAUGUGGGUGAAAAGGAAAGUCUGGGAGCUGUUUUGCAAAAAAUGGAUGAAGCACAAGAAGUUGCUCCGAGAAGGUGGUGUAGCAUCAUGUGAAACUGCAGCUGAUGGUAUAGCCUUGAAGUGGCAUACUUUCAGUUAAUCUGUUCUCUCUUCCCCAUUGCAAACACCCACAAUUAUUCCUGGAAAUGACGUGAUCAUGAAAAAUAAAUGUGUGAGGUCGAUACGUCUGUAAAAUUCUGGAACUUUUUAAUGCACUUGUCAUUUUAUUAGACGAUUGAGUUUUAGAAUAUUUGGAAAGAUUUAGUACAAACAAACGUCAUUAAGAGUUUUUCUGACUUAACCAUACUGUUCUAGAAACGUUACUAUAAACAUAUAUGUACUGCCAUGCACACUGGCCAUCUGCGAGAUUACUUUCAUCAUCCUUUGGCGAUAAUUAUGUGACAGGAGAACCUCAGAAAUGUUAUAUUACCAUACUUCUUCAAAUACCCCACUCGCUUCAAUAAGAUGUGUACUCCAGUUAAAAAAAAAAAAUAGAAUCUGAAUGUUCAUGUGAAUUUAUUAUAUUCAGUAUAUGUAGUACAUAGUGUCUUGAAAUGUAAAAACAGAAUUCUUUCAUUUUUCACCACAUCCUCGUAACUUGAACUGCCGCUUUUCUCUUAUUUGCAAAGAUUAACAUCCUCAAGUUAAUGUUGAACUUCAGUGAUAUCAGAGUGACAGUCCCAGUGCUGAAUUUACUCAUAGUAAUGCUCAAACGUUACUGUUUCCGAAAGGAACCUCAGAUAGAGAUUUAAUUGUAUUUUUCUUUCUGGGCAUGAAAAUGCUUCCAACUAUCAUUGGUUUUCAGUAUCAACUUCUCUAUCUGUAAUCCUUUAAACACUGUAAUUUUGUAUUUAAACCAGCAGUGCAUAUGAAAUUUCUUCUGCCUCUUGAAUUAUUUUCAGUUUGUUUACCAUCCAUAAACACUUGUGUUUAAUACACAUGUCUGGCAAAACACAGAAAUUCAGUGAUUACCAUCAACCCAUACCCUGCAGCUGCACAGAAUGAAGAAGUAUGCAAUGAGUAGUGCUGCCAAUCCUACCCUGAAUAAACCAAAAAUUCCCCCCCCCCCCAAGAAACAAAUU